CGAGCAUUCAGAUGAACACACUUCGAUAAUACCCAAGAUCCUUUUUUUACGUUUUGAUAUUUUUAUACGAACUUGUUUAUAAUUAUCGCGAUCUCUUGUGGACAUCUACAUAUACAAUAUUGGCGUUAAUUAUUUAUCGAGUCGAGUCUAUCGUACUGUGAUAUCUACCGUGUAUACCGUGACUGAGUCUUCACCGAUAUCAUUCGACUACACCGUUGAGCGAAUAAUUCUGUCGUGAAGCCAGGGUAUUACAUCAACCAAAAUACGAAUUUACUGAAGGCUCCAAUAGAAGUGCCUUUUGCAACUAUGAAGAUCGAUAGCGAAACAUACGAAGAGAGGUUUGCCAUGGAGGCUACAAAACCCAUGAAAAUCAACAAUAAGGCAUAUAACGGAGAACUUGCAGCAGAAGUUGCUAGAUUGAAUAGUAUGCUGAACGAUUCUGACGUUUAUAUGCAUUACAGAGAACCAAGUUAUCAAGUUGUACCAACAGGAUUGGACUUGCCGGACGACAUCAAUGAGAUGCACCCAUCUCAGGUUCCUCCUACCCCACGUACUAAAGCACUGAUGAAUGCCUGUAUCACCGAAACUUUUAAGAGCUUUAACAAAGAAAGAGAGAUUCUUAAUAUCCCUAAAGAUCCACGUGUUUGGGAUGAAACUCAUGUUGUACAGUGGUUGCUAUGGGCGAUGUCUGAGUUUUCCCUGGAAGGUGUAAUGGUUGCACAUUUUACAAUGAAAGGAUGCGAACUCUGUGCUAUGUCUGAAGUAGAAUUCUUAUCAAGGGCUCCACCGUUUGCUGGCGACAUCUUGUGGGCACAUUUGGAGUCUCUGCAAAAAGACUGUGAUCGGGAAUUGUCAUCACUUGCUAGCUCCCUAUCCACCACUUCUACAACUAACAGCGUACCACUAGACCAGGUUCCUGCCAGUUUCUAUGAAGCUACCUGUAUGCCAGACUUUGAAACGUUCCUCUCAAAAGAUUACCCAGACCAACCACAAGCAGUUGCUGUUUCCUCCGCACCUCCAGCUUACACAGAAAGCAUCUACACACAGUCGCUAGCUACGCUGAAUGACAUCAAUGCUGAAGAACUACUGAACAUCAAACAAGAAGAUGUGAGCUCUGACUAUUACAGCCAGGAUUCAUCACCAUGUUCUAGUUACGCAGACAGUCAAGCACUUGAUUUCUACACAAAUAUGCUUUCAGAUCAACCACAGCCAAACAUAACAUUCCAAGGAAAAAGUUUGAAUACAAGUAGUUUUGGUCGUUUGGAUGUUGCAGUUGACGCAUAUGGCAGUCGUUUCCAACAAGUACCACUAUCCAAGCCUCUAUCACGUUCAGACAGUUCCGAUGUUGGCAGUAAUUACAGCAAUUCUAGAAGCAACUCACCAGCUACGAAUACUACUAGUGUGGAGCAUCCAUCAAACCCUGUUAUCCAAGCAGCCGUUCUUGCUGGCUAUUCAGGAAGCGGCCCAAUUCAAUUGUGGCAAUUUUUGCUCGAAAAGUUAACAGACAAAGCAUGUCAACAUUUGAUCAGCUGGACCGGUGAUGGCUGGGAAUUCAAACUUUCAGACCCCGAUGAAAUCGCACGUCGCUGGGGGCAGCGUAAAAACAAGCCUAAGAUGAACUACGAAAAACUGAGCCGUGGUCUUCGCUACUAUUACGACAAGAACAUCAUCCACAAAACAUCAGGAAAACGCUACGUCUAUCGCUUUGUAUGUGAUCUUCAGAGUCUACUGGGUUACACUCCAGAAGAGAUACACCAGAUGGUCGGAGUCAGACCUUUGGACAAGGAUGAUGAGUGAAUCUUGGUUGCCAUAGAUACAGGUUCACCUGUAAAAACUCUUUCACAACCGGGAAAUGUGCAACAAUAUCCCAUGAUGCAACAGUGCAUCUGUGUUGUAUUUUCUGUCUAAUCAAGUUCAGUUUCUGGGUCAUGUAACCCAUUUUUAGAAGAUUGACGUUGUAAGGCUGAAAAAAUUGUGCUAAUCGAGUCUGGUUACACCUGGUCUUGGUAGGUUAUUACAAGUGUUAGGUUACGCGUUCAGACAGUAAAUGCAGAAGGCAAGCAAUAAUAAUGAGAGGUGUUUGGCACACUGCCAAUAAAAUUUGAAUUUUACUGACAAUCAUGAUCUCACCAUAAUGUUUCUGAAGGUGCUAUUGUAAAGCAGUUGAUGAAAAAAAUAAGUAAGGAGAAUUUACAUCCUUAUUCAUGUAUCAGAAUGUGAGUUUACUUAAAAAAGAGAAUUUUUUUGUAUUGUUUUGUAAAUAUUAUUUCAGUUUUUACAACCUAAAAAGGAUUGUAUUAUUUGUCUGAUGCUGGCAUCAACGUUUUUGAUUUUUUUCUGACAAUCCUGAUAUGUUUGGUUGUUAUUUGUUUACUCAAGGUCUUGAUGACAAGUUAGUGUAUAUGUACGGAUAGAUUUUUUUGAAGAAAAGUUUUUCUGCAUUGUUACAGUUUUUAUUUUUGUAUCAAAUAAAAUAUGUACAGUGACUCUAUAUUUAAGUAAAUAAUAGUUUUUCUUGUUUUUCAUUCAUGUAUUAAUAUAUCAAAUACCUCACAAUGAAACAGACAGGAAUUCGGCACUGGUGGCUGUGUUUGGCUGGUCCAAUAUACACAAAAUUUGUACAUUGAGAUAGCAUGGUUAUGUAAAUCUUGUCUGAGUUAUCGUGGGCAUCAUUUACCUAGAACAAUACAUAGGAAGUCUUGGCUCCGUCCUUUAUGAUGAUUGAAUUGCUCAUAUGUGAAGGGAUACGAAUCAUAAUUUGGAAGUUGAUAUAAAGGGCAAGAUAUAAAGUGACCCAUGUUCGUGUAGCUCGGUUUACAGCACACAAAUCUGUACAGGGUUUUAAUCCUUGUAUAACAGGUUUUUUAUUGUGAUCCAAUAUUUUGUACAUACAUGAAGUCUGUUAUUUACAAAUCUUCAUACAUGUUACUAUGGAAACAAAUAAAACUGUUGAAUUUUAAA